AUGGAUCGGGAUUUCAACAAUCCUCCGCGCCGGACAUCUCAUUCUCGACCACGCAUACCGCUUUCGUCACGCAUCAAGUCUUCGGCAGCCGUCCUAAAGCCAGACAAGACAACGUUUCCACGGCUGGGACAGUAUCUAAAAGCUUUCUUCCUGGAUCAUUGGACCGACCUCCUCUGUGUCCUUAUCAUCGGGGGUGGAACAGGUGUGAUCUGGAUCAUCCCUGCUCGUCCGCCUCUUGUCUUCCCGCUCCUCACUCCCGACGGAGCCACUUACAAUCCCUCCAUCGGCUACCCUUAUACAACGCCUAUACUGUCCUCUCUCCUCACGGGUUCUCUCUGCGGCUUCAUACCCCUUGCAGUGAUCUUGGUCUCUCAAAUCUUCAUUCGAUCCUUCGCCGACUUCUCCUCUGCCACUCUUGGCCUCCUGUAUUCACUGGUAACGGGGACAUGUUUCCAGGUCAUUCUGAAGAAAUCCAUUGGUGGACUUCGACCACAUUUCCUCAGUGUCUGCAAUCCGGUCGUUCCAGACGGACUUGUCGGCUCUGGAUACAACGGGAUGAUGUACGGCGUAGAAGAUGUCUGUACAGGCAACCCCAAAGACAUUAAUAACGCGCUACAGUCGUUUCCGUCAGGACAUAGUGAGAUUGCGUUUGCUGGUCUGGGAUAUCUCUCGAUGUAUCUCUUCGCCCACCUCCGCAUUGGUGACGCCUCCAACACCAGCAAACGGGGAUUCUGGCGCAUGAUUUUGGUGCUAGCACCAAUUCUAUCUGCGACUUACAUCUCGAGCACGCUUGUCUUGGGAUAUCACCACCAAGCGCAUGAUUGCUUGUUUGGUGCGGCAAUCGGCUGUUUGACAGCGAUAUUGGGGUACAGGAUCGCGUUCCGAAGCCUGCUUGAUGCAAGGAUGAACUGGAGACCCAGGGUGGGAAGGAGGUUAAAGAGGGCUGUUGACGGGGAAACGGAGAAGGGAAGCCAAGGGAGAGCGGAAAGGGAGCCUGGUACUGAUGGCGGCGGGCUCGGCGCCGCGUCGACGAGGUCCAGUCCUGGUGGAGGACAUAUGCGAGGCGAGAGCGACCCGGAAGACGAGCUUGAGACGGAUACUCGCGUUUGA